AUAAGUGACCGCGACCCUCAGUGCAACCUCCACUGCUCUAGGACUCAACCGAAACCCAUCUGUGCCUCCGAUGGCCGGUCCUAUGAGUCCAUGUGUGAGUACCAGCGAGCCAAGUGCAGAGACCCAGCCCUGGGUGUGGUACAUCGAGGCAGAUGCAAAGACGCUGGCCAGAGCAAGUGUCGCCUGGAGCGGGCUCAGGCCCUGGAGCAAGCCAAGAAGCCCCAGGAGGCGGUGUUUGUCCCGGAAUGCAGCGAGGAUGGCUCCUUCACCCAGGUGCAGUGCCACACUUACACGGGGUACUGCUGGUGUGUCACCCCAGAUGGGAAGCCCAUCAGUGGUUCUUCUGUGCAGAAUAAAACUCCUGUAUGUUCAGGUUCAGUCACCGACAAGCCCUUGAGCCAGGGUAACUCAGGAAGGAAAGAUGACGGGUCUAAGCCGACACCCACGAUGGAGACGCAGCCGGUGUUCGACGGGGACGAAAUCACAGCUCCCACUCUAUGGAUUAAGCACUUGGUAAUCAAGGACUCCAAACUGAACAACACCAAUGUAAGAAAUUCAGAGAAAGUCCACUCAUGUGACCAGGAGAGGCAGAGUGCCCUGGAGGAGGCCCGGCAGAACCCCCGGGAGGGCAUUGUCAUCCCAGAGUGCGCCCCUGGGGGGCUCUACAAGCCGGUGCAGUGCCACCAGUCCACAGGCUACUGCUGGUGUGUGCUGGUGGACACGGGGCGCCCGCUGCCUGGGACCUCCACACGCUACGUGAUGCCCAGUUGUGAGAGCGAUGCCAGGGCCAAGAGCACGGAAGUGGAUGACCCCUUCAAGGACAGGGAGCUGCCAGGCUGUCCGGAAGGAAAGAAAAUGGAAUUUAUCACCAGCCUCCUGGAUGCCCUCACCACGGACAUGGUGCAGGCCAUUAACUCAGCAGCGCCCACUGGAGGCGGGAGGUUCUCAGAGCCGGACCCCAGCCACACCCUGGAGGAGCGAGUGGUGCACUGGUACUUCAGCCAGCUGGACAGCAACAGCAGCAACGACAUCAACAAGCGGGAGAUGAAGCCCUUCAAGCGCUACGUGAAGAAGAAAGCCAAGCCCAAGAAAUGCGCCCGGCGCUUCACCGACUACUGUGACCUGAACAAGGACAAGGUCAUCUCGCUGCCCGAGCUGAAGGGCUGCCUGGGUGUGAGCAAAGAAGGACGCCUCGUCUAAGAAGCAGAAAACUGAAGGGCAGGCGGCGAGACCAGGGAGGCAGGACGGAUCAGCAGACACCUGACCUUCGACCUUGCCACGGCCCAGCCACAUCCCCUGUAACAUGAGUGGUGCCCACCCUGUUUGCACUUUUAAUAACUCUUAUUUGCGUGUGUUCUUUUUGGUUUCAUUUGUAAACACCAAUAUCUAAUACCACAGUGGGAAAAGGAAAGGGAAGAAUGAUUGUUUAUUCUCUCUCUUAUUGUAAGUUUUUGGAUCUGCUACUGACAACUUUUAGGGGUUUUUCGGGGGGUGGGAGGGAGGUGUUGCGGGACUGAGAAGAAAGAGAUUUAUAUACUGUAUAUAAAUAUAUAUGUAAAUUGUAUAGUUCUUUUGUACAGGCGUUGGCAUUGCUGUUUGUUUAUUCCCUCCCUCUCCCUGCUCUGGGUGUGGGAGCUCCGGUCACACGGCCCAGCUUCCUACAACCCAGGGCUGAGCCCCCAGCCCACCUGCAUUCUGUUUGGAAACUGACCCCGUGUGCACAUGGGUGGGGGCUUGUGAUUAUAUUGCAGACUCCCCCAGUCCUUUCUGGUGGGAGGAGGGAAUCGCCCCACGUCGUAGCUGUCAAGGUUGGCAAGACACAUUGCUGCUGACCUUCUCAAGGGAGCUUGGGUUGGGGGAAAGGUGGAGGGAGGGGAAUAGGCCGCUCAGACACCAGUUCCCCCGGUUACCCAGACCCGCAGGUGGCCCUGGGCCCAUAGGCAGACCAGGAUUCUAGUGACCCCCUGUGCAGAUGUCCUCAGAGGGUUUGCAUCAACAUUUCUCCCACAUUUAGUACCUACUCUGUGUAAAACAUGAGAGGGAGGGCAAAGAGGAAAAAGGCACACAGUGGGGCUCUUAUCUAGAGGUCAGUAUUUAAGCAGCGGAAGGAAGAGGACAGAAAGCAUCAUUGGCGAAUGCAGGGCCCGCAGGGGAGGCUUCUGAGACCUGGCCCUCCUAGGCUGCCUGGUCACACUGGGUGUUCCCUCCACUCCCCCCGUCCCGCCAUCUCAGUGAUCAGCGCAGCCUGGGGGAGGAGUGGGGUCCCGCACCUUGUAGGUAACCGAAUGGUUUUAUUUUUUAACCCUGAGGUUCUUCCUGUUUCCUCAAAUGCUUUUAAAGGCUUCCAGGCUUGAGGCUAAUUCCAGCAACCCUGACCGUGGGCCUCCUACUUCUGCCUCUUCUGAAAGUGCAGGAAUAAUAACCCAGUUGGGGGAAUACUGGCCUCACUUUCGUCAGACCUUUUCCCAGGGUUCCAGUGGGGGCUGCCCCGCAUUCGGGCAGAGCAGCUUCCUCUGCCCAGGUGACCAUGCCCACUCAGACAGAGAGCAGUGAUGCUUGGUGCCUCAUCCCAGGAGCAGCUGUGGCAGCAGGGAGGGAGGGCGGGUCCCCCGGGGCUUGCUCUUGCGAAUCUGGCCUUACUUGGCCUUGUGUCCCGGUGUUCCCAUAAGUGCACCCACCUUGCAGACGGUAUAUCCCACCUGGGUCUGGAGAGCUGGCCCCUCAAGGCCUGACUGGGGGGAGGGCCCUCCGGAAGGAGCAUGGCCUUUUGUGACAUGGUCUGAAGGUUCUGGCUGUCCUGGAGGAAGUCCUAGAGUUCAUCUCCAGAUGACUGGAGGCCCUAUCCCAACAUGGGGACGUGGAAAGGCAGCCCUCGCCCAUUUCCACCCUGAGAACUGGGCAUGCUGGCACUGGAUAGCCCUGCCGGAAGACCCAGCCCCCUUCUGGGCCUGCAGGAAGUAUUCAACACGGAGAAGGCGCUUCCUGGAGAAACCCAGCUCUCCCCCAGGCUUCCUCCUCUUCGCCUGUGUAGCUGUGCUGUGUGCUUUUCCUUUGUGAGGAGGGAGGGACACUAUUUGUAGCUUGUUUUAUGACAAAUAAAAAUGGGUAAACCUUG